UACAUGUACCCAGUCUUUUGAAAGACCAAAGACAGUCACAGUUUCCCACACCUGCAUCCUAACGAUCGCCGAUGUUCUGGACCUACCGGUACAAGCAUGCUAACAUCGCGCCUUUGCAGUCUAAAUGGCAGUGAAGCAUACCGUAGCUCUGAAGCAACAGAGACCUUGUUGGUAGUGUGACCAGAGACAGAAGAGCUGAGAGGAGUGGAAUAUCUACAGUUCAGUGUGUAGCCCUUCGUUCCAUUCAGCUAGCCAGUUCCGUGCUGCCGAAAUGGCGAAGGUGCUUCGGGGGAAGCUUCACCGCAAGACCAAGGGAUUAAAAGGCCAUCAUCAGGAGAACGAAACCAAUGGCAGUGCGAGUACUACCGCUAGUCUUAGAACAGACAAGAAUGGUGGCGGUGGCUGUACGUGUGUCGGCUGGAUUCGGGGCUUCUUGAUGAUCUGUGGGUUUUUCUCCAUUCUGUGGAAUAUUAGCCAUUUCCACUACAAUCUACUACCGUCGUUUGAUCAAGUGGAGGCUGGCUUGGCACUGAAGGAGGCGUUCCUUGAUUUCAAGCAAAAAACGAACCGCAAAAAGACGGACAACAACCUUCGUGGCGCUGAUACCGGUACGGAAAAGGCCCAGCAUCAGCCUCCUGACAACAAUAACGAGAACGACAACAACCUAGAUCCUGGGAAUCCUGGGAUUCCUGACAUGGUCAACCAGAACAACAAGGACAAUUUCCACCCGGUCAAUCCCGACCAACAUGGACGCGCCUUUACUCUCCCACCUCGAGCCGUAACGUAUGUGACACCAUGGGAAGAAUUCAAAGGCAUUCCCAAGCCAAAAGUGUGGGAGAUUGCUGCCUCUUUGCAAGACCAGUUUGACAAAUCUGCUUUUGGCCAACGCCUGGACAGUUGGAAGGAGCAUCAACAACACAUUCGACAAGAACGGUAUCAUCGUCGGGUCCGUCAGGCCGUACAUGAGGCUGACAAGGGUGGUACCAAUUCCACCCUACGAAUCAUUCCACAUUUUCAGGAUACUCCCAUCUUCCCUCGACAUCUCUCUUCCGAUCUCAUGGUUUUGGUCAUGGCUGACAAUCAGUGCCCGUUAGUACUCAGUGGAGUCAGUAGUAACGGUGGCAUGAUCAAUGCUACGGAUCGAUUGCUCCUGACGCUGACCGAUGCCUUGAAAACGCAGUUUGCACAUGUCGUGGCAUAUCUUCCCCAUUAUUAUUCCUCAGAGACGGUAGACAACUGUCACAAUUCACUCUAUCAGGCAAUUGUCAAAUCAUUUCCAAUCCAACUGCAAACUGGACAGCUGCAAGUUGUGACAUCACCACAACUACAAGCACAACCAUCGGCCAAACAACAACAGUCAUAUCGAUUUGCAUACAAUGGAUUGGACUUUGCCUAUGCAACCGAACUGGGACAUCAAUUCUCCGAUUUGAUGCUGUUUCUGCAAGCUGGUACCCGAUUGACACCCGAAUGGUGGAUUCAAUAUGUACCUGUCGAAGUUCCACCGCCACCCGAAGGCGUGCCACCCGCCAACGAAACAACAACAACAACAGGUCCUCCCAAACUAGAGGCAAAGCAAAUAACUUCCAAUCGAGAUUAUGCCUACGAAAUUUUGUUGGCAUACGAAGCGCGACACCGCUUGGAUGGGGACGGAUUGAACCACGAGUUGUGCUACAUGAAUUUCGCAAUCAACGCUCAACCACCCGCAAGCUCCAACCUGACUUUCAACUAUGGUCACUGGGGAAAUCCAACGGGAACCUUGUUUGAGAGUUCAGGCUUGUUGCGCUUGUCACUGACUUUGCGCUCAUUCUUGCCCUAUGGAAAGUUUCCUGUUUCCAAGCUGUUGCACAAGUAUUGUAGCGAGUUGUUGUGGGCAGCUGAUACUCUCAAUGGUCCACUGGCGUUGUUUCGACAUCAUGCCAAGAAUAGAGGGAUAGAGGAAAGCAAGCUGGCAGUGGGUUUGCAACCGGACUUGCAGCCACUCGACAAAACGACAACCUACCCGUACUUGAUUCCAAAGUCGACCGAAGUACCGGGGUGGGUGACAGUGGAUGCGGGCAUGGUAGGACCGCACCCGACCAGUGAAAUCAAUCCUCUCUGGGAGACAGAAGACACCCAUGACGAAAAGAAUUGGCUCACCUUUGUGGUGCCCACAGCGUGGCGCCAUACAGCCAAAGGGGACGUUGGUGGGAAUACAUAUGUCGUAGAGUGCUUGCAACAACUCUCCGAUGCGGUCAAGCAGUACUUUGUCGGGGAAUAUCGCGCCACCAUUCUCGUGUUGGUGUCGGGUCGCAGUCAACGUGACAUCAACCAGCAUCGGGACGGAUUGCAGGCCAAGUUUGAAGAUCAGAUUCAAACCGGCAUCAUCCAGCUUGUGGACGCACCAAUUGAUCAAUAUCCAACGUUGCACGGGUUGGAUGCUCAUUACAAAGACACUGAAUCGCGUGCUCGUUGGAGAUCCAAACAAAACCUGGACAUAUCGGCCGCCCUCUUUGCUGCCAAGGGAUAUGGAAAGUAUAUAAUGACAAUUGAGGAUGACUCUGCUUUCCGGGCAACGAGCAUGUUGAAGCAGAUCAAAAAGCAAAUAACCAACCUGCACCACAUGGCCAAUCCACAAGAUGCUGUAGAUAGGAGUCCUCAAAUCUUCAUCAAUGGACAAGACAAGACCAAAGUGGACAUUUCCUACACGGAAAAGGAAGAACCAGCCGUGAUAGAGUUUGGCCAUCGAGAAGUGUGGAGUCAGGUUCGUUUCUCGUUUGGUUUCAGCGGAGUUUUGAUUCAUGACGAGGAUGCCUUUGUGUUUGGAAUGUUGCAUUUCCUUUUGUACAAGGAGAGGCCUUGUGACUUGCUGUUUCAGAUUUCCGAUAAUGUGAGAAAUGGGGAGAGCAGAGAUCAUUUCCUACGAAACAAUUUGAAGGCAAGAUCCAUCAUGCACCGCGGAAAGGUUUCGACGCUGAAAGGCAAGGUUUUUACCACCGAACAGAUGACGGCCGAAGAAGAAGGGUGAUUGGGGUACUAUCUUCGGACGCAACAAUAGGAGCUUCAGUAGCUACUAGCUAGGUAUCUACUGGGAGGUGCCAACAGGUUGAACGGGGCAAUGCUAAUAUCCUACGGUGAUCCGGGUAUGGACCACUACCAAACGGUUUGCCAGGGCGGCACAGAUCACAGGUGAAACAAAGAACUAUACAAGAAUCAACAACAUCUAGAGCUAGAUGUUGUGUUGAGAAUUACUUAUCUAUCCUGCCGGUGCUAACUGAGGCCCUCCAACUCUACCCCAACUAACACUGAAGUGUGCAAAUUGUGCCCAAGUAAUGCCACUAUUGGAAAACCAGACGGUUGGUGGUAUGUGACUGAAAAUGUGCGAAAUGCUUCUGUCCCAUGCUUAGGCCGCGCAUCACAAACAUUUCCAGUAAAGUAGAUUGUUGAUUUCGCGUUGCCAUGG